GAGUUCUCUGUGGAACGAAACGAACUCAUAAUACCUACCUACCUAUCGGCACGGCAUUUAUUUUCGUAAAAUAGUUGAAGAACUCCAGAAUUCUUAGAAACAUGUGAAUAAAAGAAUUUCGUCUAUUUCAGGACGACGAAACUUUUACAAAAUGAAGUUAAUACAUUCACCAUAGUGCCUUAGUACAACGUUAAUAUUUGUGAUUGUGACAUUAGUUGUGUUUAAAAAAAUAAACAAUAAAUUAUCGUUAUUUAUUCGUUGAUUUUCAUUUGUUUUCAAUAUGACAAAGCGUCGGAGAAUACUUUACGCGGACAAAAUCAUUCAGAAAGUCGUUCAUGUGUUUUGUUUGUUGAUGUUUUUACAGUUGAAAGGUCACCAUACCACACCUAGCAAUCCUAUACUCCUUUAUUCGACUGCUUUAGAUAUACGUAUGGUAAAUACAUCGAGAUUAACUAGAAUCACUACAAUCGCUAAGGACUUGGAGCAAGGCACAGCGGUUGACUUCCAUUAUAGAAAGAAUUUAAUAUGCUGGUCUGAUCAGAAGCCCGAACUUAUACAGUGUAUGAAUUAUAAUGAAACUUAUACAGGUGAAAAGUUUAAAAUAGUAUCAGAAGGCCUAGUGACUCCAACUGGUAUAGCUAUAGAUUGGUACACAGACAAGUUGUACUGGACAGAUGGAGAAACAAACAAAAUCGAAGUUAUUAGUAUAGUACAAAAAUAUAGGAAGGUUCUAUUUUGGUCUGAGGUUGAUUUGGCUCGAGCUAUCGCUGUUGUUCCAGAGGAUGGAUUAAUGUUCUGGACUGAUUGGGGUGAAAUACCAAAAAUAGAAAGGGCGGGUAUGAAUGGUGAUCCAGCCACGCGCAAAGUUAUAGUCAGAGACAACAUAUUCUGGCCCAAUGGAAUAACAGUGGAUUACAACAAUAGCCUAAUAUAUUGGGUCGAUGCCAAACUCCAAUUUGUAGACGUCAUAGAUUUUAAUGGCGAAAAACGUAAAAGGGUUGUCAAGGGUGGAUUGGUUUAUCCUUUUGCUUUGACUUUUUCUAACGAUAAAUUGUAUUGGACCGAUUGGCAAAAUUGGUCUAUUUAUACUUGGGAUAUAGCAGCUAACGGUCCUAAAAUAAAGGAGUUGAUAAAAUCGCAUCCCGUUCCUGCAGACAUCAAAGUGUAUGAUGAAAGUAGACAAAUUAUAUCGGCUGAAGAUUAUCCGUGUAAAAAGAAUAAUGCUGGUUGUUCACACUUGUGCCUUUUAUCACCCGAUCCCCCAGGUUACAAUUGCGCGUGCCCAACGGGCGUGAAGCUGAGGGAAAAUAGCAGCACGACUUGUUACGACAGCCCCCAGAUGCUGCUGGUGGUCGCCCAGCGCUCCACGAUAUCCAAGAUAUCGCUGGACUCGCCAGAUUUCACUCCAUAUACGUUGCCCUUGAAGGAUUUGAAACGGACCCUGACUGUUGACUUCGACCCUAAAACGGAAUAUAUUUACUGGGCUGAUGGUUUGGCGAAAACGAUAUCGAAAGCUCGCCUCGACGGGAGCGACCAGUCCGUCGUGGUGCGCAGCAGCGGGGUGCCGGACAGUAUAGCCAUCGAUCCUUUGUCCAGGAAGAUUUACUGGACCGACCCGGUCAUGGACACGAUCAAUGUGGCCAGACUCGACGGCAGCUACGAAAAGGUCAUAAUCCACACGGAACUGUACGAUCCGCGUGCGAUCGCGUUGCACCUGACGGCCGGCUGGAUGUUCUGGUCAGAUUGGAACGAAAAGAAACCGAAGAUAGAACGAGCUAAUUUGGACGGCAGCGGCAGAGUCUUGCUCAUCUCCGAGAAGUUGACCUGGCCUAACAGCAUCGCUCUAGACACAGUCAAUAAUAAACUCUAUUGGGGCGACGCUAGGACGCACAAGAUCGAGGUUUGCAACAUGGACGGGACGGAGAGGAAGGAGUUACACAGCAACGACAUCAUACAUAUAUUUGGACUCACGCUACUCGACGACUACUUGUACUGGACCGACAUGCAGAAACGCACGCUCGACAGGAUCAAUAAAAAUACAGGUUUAGACAGACAGCCAGUGGUAGAACAAAUGGCCAACAUGAUGGGUGUCAAGGCGUUCCGUUUGGGGGCGCCACUUGGCUGGAAUCCUUGCGCCGAUGACAACGGAGGAUGCUCACACCUUUGCUUCAACAGGCCCGAUGACUACAUAUGCGGAUGUCCUUUAGGUCUAGAACUAACUGCCGACAAAAAAACGUGCGUCGAGCCAGAAGCGUUCUUAGUUUACAGCCGGAAGAACAUCAUCGGUCGCCUGAGCAUCAAGAACGAGUACAAUGACGCUGUGAUACCUAUUAAAGAUUUGAAGGAAGUCAGCGCUCUAGCUCUGUACGUGUCAGGUUCGAAGCUGUACUGGUCGGACAGUAAGACCAAAACAAUAAACCGGUGCUCCGUUAACGGUUCCGCUGUGGAGAAGAUCGUGGAGUGGCUGGGACUCGUGGAAGGCUUAGCGAUAGAUUGGUCGGGACAGAACAUUUACUGGACCGACACGACAACGCAGCGCAUAGAGGUAUCCAGGCUCGACGGCUCCAGUCGAAGGGCCAUCAUAUGGCAGGGAUUGAAGAAACCAAAGAGCAUAGUGCUCGACCCUAAGAAAGGCUACAUGUACUGGUCAGAGUUGGGUUCGAAGAGUAUCAAACGCGCCGCAAUGGACGGCUCCUCGGUGUCGGUGUUCAUGGAGCAGGUCGGGCGCGUCCACGCCCUCGCCAUAGACUACGAGAGGCGCGCCAUCUACUGGGCGGCCCUCGACCCUCCCGUGGUCGAGUUCGCGUUCCUCAACGGCACGGGCCGCCAGACCUUGGCCGACAACAUACCCAUGCCCUAUGCUCUGGCCCUGUUCAACGAUUCGGUGUAUUGGGGCGAUUGGAAUACCGGCCAAAUACAGCAAGCGAGAAAAACGGACGGCUCAAAUCGAAAAUCAAUACGCAAGGACUUGGACUACAUAUCGGAUUUGAAACUGUAUCAUCGCGCCAAGUCCAUGGGCAGCAACCAAUGCGGGGUCGACAACGGGGGCUGCUCGCACCUGUGCCUGCCCACCCCCGGGGACGUCCGUACCGACUACCGGUGCGCGUGCCCGGCGCACUACCGCCUCAACAAGGACAACAUCACGUGUUCCGAACCCGAAGAGUUUCUGCUUUUCGCUCAAAAGAACGCCGUCGGCCGGAUCAUGGUCGCGAACGGAGAGUGCAACGACGCCUACAUACCGCUCACCGGCCUCAAGAACGUCCGCGCUAUCGAGUAUGACCCGGUCGAGAAGCAACUGUACUGGAUGGACGACGAUUCGCAUUCGAUCCGACGCGUGCCCAUAUCGUACUCGAGCACGUCUGCCGUCGCGGACUCGGCCGCCGUGGUCACCGGCCUCUCGCGCCCCUACCACAUGGUGCUGGACGUGCUGGGCCGCACGAUGUACUGGACGUGCGCCGACCGGGACUCGAUCAACGCGACCUCCAUCGACAACAACUCGUCGACCGGCGUCAUCGUCAGGGGCGACCGAAUGCUGCCCAGGCACCUGGCCUUCCAUCAGACUAAACGCUACCUGAUCUGGAACGACGUGGGUCGGGGCGCCAUAAUGCGCGCGAACGUGGACGGCACCGGGCGCGUGGAGCUGGCGCGCGCCGACAACGCGACCGCGCUGGCGCUGGACCAGAGCGCCGGCACCGUCUACUGGGCCGUCAGCAGGCAGUUGCACGCCGUCGACCUAGACUCCUCUAACAGACGCGUGGUGUGGCAGGGGGGCUGGGCGGGCGCGCUGGCGGCGCAGGGCGGCGGGGUGUACGUGUGCGGGGGGGAGCGGGCGGCGCGGGUGCCGCUGCACCGCCGCGACGCGCCCGCCACCCCGCUCCCGCACCUCGUGCGUCUGCUCGCCCUGGUCGCCGUGCACAAGGUGGAGCGCUCGCACCCGUGCUGGGGCGGCGGGCGGUGCGGCGGCGCGGCGUCGUGCGGCGCGGGCGGCGCGUGCGGCUGCGGCGUGCGCUGUCCCGCGGCGCCGCCCGUGUGCCCGCCCUCGCACCUGCUGUGCGACGCGCACGCCUCCCGCCCGCAGUGUCUGCCCGUCGAAUGGAAAUGUGACGGGCAACAAGACUGCGAGGACGGGCGCGACGAGGCGGAGUGCGGCGCGUGCGGCGGCGACGUGCGCUGCGCCGACGGCACGUGCGCGCCCGCGCUGUCGGCGUGCGCGGCCGGCGCGCUCUGCGCCAACCCGCCGCCGCCCGACGCCUUCAGAUGUGACGAAGGUCUGUGCAUCGCGGCGAGGUUCGUGUGCGACGGGCGGCCGCAGUGCGCCGACGGCUCGGACGAGGCGCCCGCGGCCUGCGCCUACGGACACACCGACCAGUCGAGUGGCGGCGGGCGGCAGUGGAGCGCGUACGGCGUGUCUGCGGGCGCGGUGGGCGCGCUGGGCGCGGCGGGCGCGGGGCUGGUGCUGCUGCGACGCUGGCGGCGCGCGCGCGCCCCCGCGCACCCCGCGCACCACGCGCUGCCGCUGUGCCGCCCCAAGCCGCAGCCGCAGCCGCUGCCCGCCAGCUCCACGCAGUCAUCGGACAGUAUAUCGUCCAGGUACCCGCGCCCCACAGCCAACCCUCCCCCCAGCCCCGCCACGGCCAGCGGGGGAGCUCCGCGCCGGAGGGCCUACCGACACUACCGCGCCAUCAAUAGGCCUCCGCCCCCCACGCCCGCCUCCACCGAUGCCAACGACUCGGAGCCCGAGCCGGCAGCCAGGGCGCCGCCGCCUUCGCCCGCACCGGCUCUGUACUGAAAAACAAAUUUAUCGGUUAAGUCACCAAGGAUAUACUUGAUUUUAUUACGUAUACUAGCUGUACCCGUCCGCUUCGCUGGGCAUUUAAAAUUAACAUUAUUAUUUCUCACCCCACAAACAAUCUCAUCAUUAACCUCCCCGCAACUGGUGCAGGGAGUCCAACACAUAUAAAUAUUAGCCUACCCAUUAAGUACAUGUAUUUUAUACAUGGAUACCAAGUUUCAAGUCAAUCGGAUGCAUGGUUCAGUAGUUAUAACGGAACAUCCGUAAAAACCACUGUAGAUUUAUAUAUUAGUAUAGAUUUACGUUUUUACAAAAUCAUCAUCAUUUGGGUUUGUAAAUGUAAAAUAAAUAAAUUGUAAUCUGAACCAUUAGCGAAGGACCUAAGGCCCAAAUUGUAGGGCCUCGUAUCGGAGAUAACGGAAAAGUUACCCAAGACAAGUUAACAGGGAAAUUAAAACUAGUUGACUACUAAUAUCGCAUUCAUGAUUCCCGAUAUUUCGAAUGCUUUAAUGUUUCCGUGGUCCCUGUCGACUUAAACGUGAAAUUUAACCCUAAAAGUAAUUUUGUUUAAGUUUACGAAUACUUAAUACGAGUCAAAAUUAUAAAUAACUAAAAUAUCAAACAUUAGUUUAUAUGCAAAAUCGCAUUUAAAUGUCGGUUUGAUGACAGACGUGAACUAUUCUAGAACUAUUACAACUUGAAAUGUGAAAGAAAAUUAUUUUACUCCUACCCACAUAUUUCGUAGAUGCAAUUAAAACAUCGUCUGAGUUGCGUGCGACGUAAUCGAGUUGAUUCGAUUGAAAUAGAACUGUUGCUGCUUUAACGUAGAGUUGAAAAUCGCAUAUCAAUUUUAACGGUGCUCCAAUUUUUGUAUUAAUUGUUAUUGAAUUACUGCAUAGUCUACAAAUCAGCAUUUUAAUUGUGAACACGAAAGAGAACAUUUAGUAUUAACGUAACGUAUUUUGUAGGCAACGGCUUAACUCUGCUCCCGGCAUUGCUGAAGUCCAUGGGUGACAGUAACCACUCACCAUCAGGUGGGCCGUAUGCUCGUCUGCCUACAAAAGGCAAUUUAAAAAAAACGUAAAUUUAAUGUAUUUUUAUUUCUCUAAAAUAUUUGUUUCUCAUUUUUUAUGCAAUUUUUUAUCAUUCAUAAAACAGUAAUUAGAAAUUGUGACUAAGCAAAAGAUUUGAACAAGGACCGUACUGAAGAGAGAACUAUUGUAUUUUAAUAAUGGUGCUAUCGCAACAAUGUUCGUGCCUGUAUAGUUUUAAGAAUUAAAAACAAAACUAAUCUCUACCUUAAGCACUAGGCGAAUGUAAAUAAAUAUUGAAUAUACAUAUGUUUUACGUGAUUAAACUGAAAUAUUAUAUUAUUAGUUUUAUGUGAUCAUUUAAUUUUAAUAAUAAAUGUUUAUAAUUGAAAAUUACGUUAGAACAUCGAUUUGAUUCAUAGGAAUAUUUGUGGUGUGCUGUGGUGGGUUGCGCCGCGGACCUCACGCGUACUAACGAGACUUGGACCUCAAGUCUAUGUGUGUGAGCUGUCUCAUACAGUGAGACAGGUCUAAGCAAUAUUGUACCUUUAGAAUUGAAGUGGCUUAAUUCAAAAUUAUUGUUUUCUUUUUUGUUGUAAACUCCAAAAAUGUAAUUGAUGAAUUGUAAUUUUUCAAUUUCGAUUUUAGCCUUAAAGAUUUAAAACAGACGGAAAGUGUUUUUUGUACCUUUUCUAGAUUAAAACUUAAAUUUAAUUAUUUCUUUUUUUUUAACUUAAUUUUGUAUACUGAUAGAAUGCAUCCUUAUAAGUCGUUCAAAGUAUAAUAAAACUCAUUUUCUUAAAUGUUUUAGUUAAGCCACUACUUCAAUUAUAUAAAGGUGCGAUUUAUAAAUAAUAAUAACGCUAAAAUGGCUUUAAACCGAUAAAGAAUUUGAAAGUUUUUCGUUCCUAGUAUUUCAUGGCGGCUAAAUACAACACAAACACACGACAAAGAAACUGUAUAAUAUUUUAUGUGCGAGUGUUGUUAACUAAUAAAUUUGUUAAUUAUAAACAUUAUGAGCCGUUUUGAACUAAUUUUGAAUAUAUAUUUUUAUAGUUAAUUAUGUUUGUUUCUUAUGUUACGAAAGUAGUUAAAAAUAAGUAGUGCGUAAGAAAAGUUCAAGGGGAGGAGAUAAGUGACGGAAUAAAUAUAUUUUCAUGUUAUUAUUGUAAGUCGCGGUGAUCGCUUAACAUCGGAAGGGCUGCGAGCUCGCGCCCUCUGUGUUGAUUGUGAAACUGUUGACUCGAGGAGACAAAUAAGUUAUAAUGUCAAUUGUAAAACAUACUUCCAUUGUACAAAAUUGUUGUAAAACUAUUUAGGUUUAGUCUUAAGAUGAAUAUGUACUAUAAUAUUAUGAUUAUUUCGAGCCAUAUUAUGUAUCAGUCGGGUUUUUUAACACUAAUCAUACCAACACUUACUGGUAACUAUUUCUACCAUAACGGGUAGAUAACGGUACACGACAAGUAUUACACAAAAACUGAAACAAAAAAAAGCAAAAGCACUUGGGACUGCCGCGGUAAAGCUAUUGCAUAGCAUUUUUAUCAGCUUAUGCAAUUAUAAUUAAACAAUAAUAAUUUAAUAUUAAAACAAUAAUAAAAUAAGACCACGCUUUAUUUACAAACAUUAAGAAAAGCAAAACAUUAACUAUCCUCUUCACACUCAUAAGCUAGGCCGCGUGAGAGAGAGAUGGGCAGACUUUUCAUGAUGCGCAUGCAGUGUGACGUCACGCCGCGCGCUUAUUCACAAACACUUUUUUUUUGUUUUUUCCUACCUAAGCUGAAAGCCUUGAGAGGCUAUAUCAGCGUAACCCUAACUUUUGUAGGUGAGCUCACGGGGCUCAAACCUGAUGACGUUGCUAACACGAACCCUAGCAAGAGCCGUGCUUCGCAGAAUCUACCACCGGAUCGGAAACGCGACCCACUGAGAAGAUCCGGCGAGAAACUCAGUGGGCUGUGUCUGAGAGUUAAUUUACUCGUCGAGCCCUUCGUCGCAAGCGACGGGUUCGACGAGAACGGUGACCGGUGCUUAAAGUACCUAGAAGCACCGUUAGUGGAUCGGGAGGAUCCGAGAUGACGUGUUUUGGGCGACGUCGACUGCUUUCCAUUCUGUCCGCAGGAUCGGGAAUGUAGUUACCGGCGGCCACGAUGAGAGGGUUCUCGUGUCGUGCCGCUUUAUCGAAGGUGCUACACAAGCGCAACGUGUGAAUGUGUUGAACGCGAGCUACAUGGUAGGCGGAGUGGAGGGUGUUAGGUUUUAUUUUCGUUACGGAAUUUCUUGAUUCGGUCGCCGCGCUCAAAGCCUGCGAUAAAAGCUUUGCAAUAGCUUAAAUAAUGUAUAAUAACUGUAGAUUAAUUGAUAAGAAAAAGUCAUGAAGUCAAAUGUGCAAAAGCAAUAAGAUUAUACGUGUAUUUUCAAUGCAAAUAUUCAAAAUGGGCAAAUUCGACCCGUUGUGGUAUGUUUAGUGUUAAAUAGCCUUUUUAAGUUUACCUCGUUAGUUCUAUGGGAUCUCGACUAUAGCUGUUUAUAAAUAAAAUUCAUAAAGAGAUAUCACUCGAGUAUGUCAAUUUCAAAAGCAUAAUUUUCAUUGAAUUUCGACCUAAUGGCUCCGUCAGGAAUUACAUUGUCGAUAUCGAAACUGUCUAAACUGUUAAAAAAUGUUUGAUUAAUGAAAAAAAAACAUAUUUUUUUUGGUAUUUGAUAUAAUGUUUCGUGUAAUAAGUGGAAAAUGUAUGAACGUUUUGUAAGUCGCCGUGGCCUAAUGGAUAAGACGUCCGGUGUACUCGCAUCGAGUGAUGACCUUGCAUCGGUGUUCAAAUCCCGCAGACAGGUACAGUGGCGUAGCGAGCUUAACUCGCGCCCUAUUCAGACUAUUAGUGCUCCUUUUUAUUUACGAAUUAACAUUUAUUAUAUUACACUAGCACUAAAUAUACAAUAUAUCAGGCAGAAAUCAAUUAUAAUCAAAAAUACAGUAAUUUUGGUUUUGCGGAACAUUUGGCGCCCCUUUGUGAGUUGCGCCCUAGGCAUGAUGUCCCUUCUUGCCUCCCCGCGCUACGCCACUAGAUAAAUACCAUUUUUUCUAUUGGAAUACUUAGCACAAUUCAAGAGCAAAAUCGACUAUGAAGGCAUAAUCAUGUAAUAAAAAUCAAAGCAAACAAGCUAACGCGAGUAGGUACCACUGCCCUGCUUGUUUACGCCUCGAAGCCAGAAGCUAAGUUUGUAGCGUGGAAACUCCUCAUGUCACACAAUGGAAACUCAGGACCUUAUAUCUCGAGUUAGUUGGCGACAUUCAUGUUACGUCAUGGCACUGGCGACCACUUAACGUAUUGUGGGCCGUGGGCGAGUUAACCCGUCAAUGCUAUAAAAUGACAUUUGAUCGAAAAUAUUCACGUUGUGCCUAUUGUGACACGCACGGUGGCCGCUAACACACACAUUUAAGUAAACCAAAAACUUAAGUGUAUAUUAAAACUAUUACAUAUACCAUUGUAUUUUUCAUAUAAAAUUAAUUUGUUCAUCUAAAAUGAUUAAAAGUUCAUAAAAUACUUUACAAUAUUGCAUUUAUUUGGAUUUAAUACAUAAAAAAACCAAAGUUUUAACUAGGCAGCAUCAGAUUAAAACUAAAUUUACGAGACGGUUGUGAUGGAAUGACGCUGAAAUUAUUUUUGCAUUUAUCUGUAAUUGUGUUUAACCCUUUGAGCGCGAACCGUCGAUAGAUCGACUCUCUGUGAAUGCGUAUAAAGCGGAGAGCGUCGAAAUUCCGACUAUCUGCGCAGUUUCGACCUGUACGGACAUGUCUUAGGGCGUGCAUGCUUAAAGUUUUUAAAAAGUUUAUAAAAUUUAUAAUUUAAAAUUAUUUUACUGUGAACUUAGAACUGAUUUUUGUGUUUUGUUUUUGUUUUUAUAAGGUACUUUUUUUGAAAUCCCUUAGAAAUUUCUGCUAAACAUGUGAAAUUAUGCUAAACAUUAAAAGGGUCAAAUACAAAUUUAAAUACAAGUCAAUUUCUAUUGAUACUUUGUCUUAUUUUCGUUUACUAAGUGAAGGAGGACUGGAAAAAUUAAUAAAAAACAUAACUGUU